AUGUCUUCUCCGACUGGUCUAUCCAACACCAUUGUGGUACAAGAUGUCCUAAUUUUCGAUGGCAAGGAGUUCACUGAGAAUGGCUUUGCCGAGACCCUGAUUUCCGCAUGGCCCAGGCUCGCGUCUGCCGACGAAGCAUCCGCCUUCGUCCAGUCACAGAUCGACGAGAGCGGCGCAUCGCACAUAAAGCUCAUGCACGAGCUGGGCGACACCCUCUCCAUGCCGGACCUCCCGCGCCCCCGGCUGGACAUCCAGAAGGCAGUCGUCGACGCCGCCCACGAGCGCGGGAUCAUCGCGGUAGGGCACGCCCUCAGCCACGAAGGCGCCUUCGACCUGCUCGCCGCCGGCGUCGACGGGCUCGCUCACUGCUUCCUCGACAAGCCACCGAACGACGAGUGGAUCAAGACCAUGAAGGAGAAGGGGACUCACUGCAACCCGACCUUGUCGCUGUGCGCGUCGCAGACCGGGCAGGGCGCCGAGCUGCAGCGGCGCUUCGCGGACGGCCCGCUGGCCCGCCGGAUGCUGCUUGGCCCGCGGCCGGAGGAGGCCCUCAGGAGCGCAACUUCUUUGACUGCGGAGAGGUUUGGCUUUACUGACAGAGGAACGAUUGAAAGCGGAAGGCUUGCGGAUCUUGUCUUGCUCGAGGGCGAUGGUAGGACGGUUCUGGCGGAUGAGGAUGUAUUGUGCUUGCCUGUUAGCUUGGUCUGGAGGGAAGGAAUCCUGGCCGACGUCUUCAGUACCUUGGUGUGA